AUGAGAAUGCUGACAGGAGACGACGGUGUGGACCUUUGGAGUACUCAGGAGAUUUGGGAUACCGCGCUUCGCGGAAUGGAGGUCGUUUUUUCUACCCAUGCUGUCCUCGCCGACGCGCUCGCGCACGGUUUCAUACAACUGCAACAGCUAGCCUUACUAGUCUUCGACGAAGCUCAUCAUUGCAUGAAAUCACACCCGGGAAAUCAGAUCUUACAAAAUUUCUAUCAUAAGCUUAGGUUACAGAACAGUGAAGUGAUUAUUCCAAAAAUACUCGGUCUAACUGCUUCGAUUGAGUUCAAAAAAAUAAAGGAGCUGGAGCGAAAUUUGAAUGCGACGUGUCGUGUUCCCGUAACCUACAGGGAAGAACUACGUGAACAUGUACCACGCAGGACCCUUACAAAAAUUGAAUAUUCAAACAACGCCUCGAAUACAAAACACAAGUCCGUAUUGCUGGACAGACUAGAGAACACUGUCCUGAUGUUGGCCCGAGAUGAGAGCAUCCCAGUCGAAUUAUCUAAGAUGCUAAGAAAAGCUCGGGUUAUUCAGCACCAGCUAGGGGAAUGGGCUGCUAGUUACUUCCUCAGCCAUGUUUCUCGUUACGCUGGCUCACAGGUACUUCAACAAGAAAACUUGCCCUCAAAUCCACAGAGCGUUCUUCGGUUAUCAACUCUCAUUGCUGAGUUAAUGGGAUCCUGUCAGGAUGCGUAUGGGGAGCAGCAUACGCUUGACAGUGUGUCCUCUAAGGUUCAUACACUUUUAUCACUGCUAAAAGAAAAAUCCCGCAGCGAAUUUUCAGGGAUUGUUUUCGUUCGAGAACGAGUGACGGCAUAUCUUCUAUCGGCAUUGGUGAACGACCAUCCGCUCACUCGCUCUCUUUUUCGUUGUGCACCCUUCGUGAGCAACUAUGCUCGCUCUGAGAUCUGGGCAACCCAUAGCUCUCCAGACUUCAAUAAGAAGGAUGACGUGAUCACUGAGUUUCGCACUGGUCAGAGGAAUUUGCUCGUUGCCACUAAUGUGCUGGAAGAAGGCAUUGAUCUCCCUGCAUGCCAUCUUGUCAUUUCAUUCGACACUCCAGAUAAUAUUAUAUCCUACAUUCAACGCCGGGGGCGGGCCCGUCAAUCCGCAUCCGAAUUCUUCAUUCUCGUAGCAGACGACGCCAAGCCCCUGGCUUCCCAGCAUUGGGAUGAUCUCGAAAUCCAAAUGCAGAACAUGUUGUCAAAUCCACAGCGACGUUCCUCGGAAUCGGGAAUUGAACGGGAAAACUCGCUCAAGAAGGUGCCUCGGCUGGAACUACCUACAGGGUUUGGUGCCUUGUCGUUUCUUUUGAUUCAAUUACUAACACCCAAGACUCCUCACUAG